UGGAAGCUACCAUGGAGCAGAAGGGGGUUUGGCUACUCUCACUCAUUUUAAUUUCAGGACUUGGUGUGCUGGCUGAAGACAAAAAAGCUCCAGCGGAAUGCCGAUGUCAUGUAGAUCCCAAAACAAGAUUGAAUUGUGGACCUCCUGGAAUCACUCCCCAGCAAUGCAGAGAUGCAGGUUGCUGCUUCAGUUCAGAAGUCUAUGGAGUGCCCUGGUGCUUUGCUCCAACUCCCCCAAAAUAUAAAAAGGUAUGUCCCACAGAAGUGAAAACCAGGAAAAACUGCGGAUACCCAGGAAUCUCUGCCGCUGCCUGUGAGAAGCGAGGAUGCUGUUUUGAAUCUCAUCCCCCUGCUGUUCCAUGGUGUUUCUUUCAUGUCCUGGUAGCAGAAGGUAAAAAGCAAACAUGUUUCAUCCCUUUGCAUAAAUGUAGCAACGUGUUAUUACAAUCAGAAAUGAACUUCCGAUGGUUCUGGUUCCUGGCCAUUGUCCUGGUUUUAGCAUUUGCCAGUUUGGCAGAUGGCAGAGGUGGCAGAGGUGGCGGCAGAGGUGGCAGAGGUGGCAGAGGUGGCAGAGGCAAGAAAGGUUCAUGUAAUGUAAUUCCAAGCAGGAGACAGGAUUGUGGAUAUCGUGGGAUAGCUAGAAGCACAUGUCUGCGUAAAGGGUGCUGUUUCAGCAGCGCAAUCCCUAAUGCCAAAUGGUGUUACUAUCUCUGUUCCCCUGUCUUCUCCAAGCAUGUAAGUGAGAAUGAGGAGGAGAAGCCUCUGCUUGCCUUGCUCUUUCCUUCUACUAAGCACUUAUGUGGAUUGGCCCCAAAGGGGAGUGAUUAUUUAGGACUGCUUGGAAAACACAUUCAGACCUUACAUUGUUUGUUUUGCGGAGACGUGACACUUCGGGACAGAGGACUGCAAGCUGCCAUGGCGCCAAAGAGCUUUUUGCUAUUGGCUCUUGUCCUGAUUCUAGGACUCAACAGCCUGGCUAAUGGAUUUAUUCUCCGGCUAAGCCCACAACAAUGCGUAGUGCAACCCAAAGCCAGAGUGAACUGUGGCUACCCAUACAUCAGUGCUCAGACAUGCCACAGCAGAGGAUGCUGUUUCGACUCAAGUAUUGCUGGGGUCAUCUGGUGCUUCUUUCCUAGAGAUGUGCCAGGACUUGUCAAUACACUUCAGCAACCUGGCAUGUGAGUCAGUGGCUCAUGGAUUUCAGCCGUGCAGCAACUUCCAAGAUCUCUGAGAAUGUGUCCUCUAAAAUAAAAAUGAACCACGGAUCUGCCUCUCUACUAUGAUGAUCUUCAGGAAGAAAUGUAGAGCUAAUCCUUAAAUUGUACACUUACACAUGCUCUCCUGUGGAUACAAGUGAACUCUGUUUUCAGUUAUGUGUGUUCUUCAACACUCUGCUGUACCCUAAAAAA